AUGGUUUUCCGUCUAAAUGCUAAAACAGCAAAAGAAUUGGGAAUGUUUGGUGGUUUAUUGAUUGCAAUGCACUUUGCAUAUUAUACAAUUCAAUCAAAUCCCUCAAUGGUUGCCCCACACGCUAGACAGGAAUUGUUUUAUGUUCGAUGGCUGAAGGAGAAGAUCCCAGCUUUGCAGAAAUACGGCGUUCAAGAGGAGCCAAAACGCGAAAAGGAGCAC